UCACAGAAGUUUACGGCAUUGCCGGAUCCACAGGAGGUGUUUGUUCCGCUCAGUGAAGAACAAAUUGCUAUCUUGGAAUAUCAGGUAGAAUCAGAACAACCUGUUGCCACCGUACAAAGCCGGUUCAACCUUGGUUGGGGGUUGAUGAAAAGCGACGAUGAGGAUGUGAAACAAGGGAUAAAUAUGCUCACGGAAAUAUUUAAGACCGUGCCUAGCAGGAGAAUCGAAUGUGUCUAUUUCUUGUCACUUGCAUGCUUCAAGAUCAAGGAGUACAGAGAGGCCACGAGAUACGUCGACGUGUUGCUACAAGUUGAGCCUAACAAUAAACAGGCUCUGACUUUAAAGAAAAUGAUUGAGAACGAGUUGGCAAAAGAUAGCCUAAUUGGUUUUGCGAUAGUGUCCAGCGCAAUCGCUGCU